UGCUUCAUUAACUCUCCAAAACUUAAAAUCCCAACAAGAGAUGAAGAACCAAUAUUCUUAUCAAGCUCCCCGGCCAAAGAACAAUCUUCGGGUAUGGCUUCGGUGGGCACCUCUUCUCCAGAAACAGCCCUCUGCGAUCACCGGAAAGCAUAAGGAGGUUUUUGAAUAUGGAGGUUUGAAGGAGUCAUUGAUUAAUGGAGCUGAACUGUCUGACGGCAGCAGGUCAGGUUCACAGACCUCCAUGCAAGUUCCUAAAGGGUUCUUGGCAGUUUACGUAGGGCCACAACUGAGGAGGUUUGUGAUUCCCACAAGCUACUUGUCAAUGCCAGAUUUUAGAGGUUUAAUGGAUAUGGUGGCCGAGGAGUUUGGAUUUGAUCAAGAGGGUGGCCUUAGAAUUCCUUGUGAGGAAGAAGAUUUUGAGAAAAUAUUAUAUAGAUGUUGUGCAAACAGAAAGAAGAACAAUAAGAAGCUACCAUAUGAUCACAAACAUAAAGUUCUUAGGUGGUAGAUACAUUAAUUGUUUUUGCCUAUGUCAACGUCUUGUUCAAUUGGGAUCGAUGUAGCCUGGGAUGAAUAUUUUGGAG